AUGGGGGCUAUUGUGGCUAUUCUUGUUAGCAAACUUUUGAGAAGAGCGGAAGCGGAAGGACGCGUUGGUGUUCACUGUUUGGAGACGACACCGAGGGCGACGGUUGGCGGCCUUCCUGCGCCCGAGCCGGCUGCUUCUGACAGUUCAGAAGAUCAGAUGACACCAGAGGAGGCAGCAGCACAGAAGAGAGAAGAGCGGCUUCGAAAAUUCAGAGAACUUCAUUUGAAAAGGAAUGAAGCUCGCAAGUUAAAUCACCAGGAAGUUGUGGAGGAGGAUAAAAGGCUCAAGUUGCCAACAAACUGGGAAGCUAAAAAGGCUCGUUUAGAAUGGGAGCUAAAGGUGGAGGAAAAGAAAAAGGAGUGUUUGGCCAAAGGAGAGGAUUACGAGAGAGUGAAAUUGCUAGAAAUCAGCGCAGAGGAUGCAGAGCGAUUUGAGAGGAAGAAGAAGAAGAAAAAUCCUGACCUUGGGUUUUCAGAUUAUGCAGCGGCUCAAUUACGCCAGUAUCAGAGAUUGACCAGGCAGAUCAAGCCUGACCUGGAGCAAUAUGAAAAGCUGAAAGAAGAAAGUGGUGAAGAGUUUUACCCAACUUCAAACAGUCUUCUCCAUGGAACCCAUGUGCCAUGUAAAGAAGGCGUUGACAGGAUGGUUUCAGAUCUUGAGAAACAAAUCCAAAAACGUGAGAAGUACAGCCGGAGACGCCCUUAUAAUGACGAUGCAGAUAUCGACUAUAUUAACGAACGGAACGCCAAGUUCAAUAAGAAGGCCGAGAGGUUCUAUGGAAAAUACACUGCAGAAAUUAAGCAGAACCUGGAAAGAGGAACAGCUGUCUAGAAGGCAGAUUGAGCAAUAUGAUUUUAUCCAGGGUCUUUGUUUUAAACAGACUUUCAAACUUUUGUUUCACAAACGGACCUUGAACUUGAAAACAAAUUAUUGUAAAGAGAAAACUUCCCAUUCAACAAAGCUACUCACUUGUUAGUUCAGAAACUUGUUACGAAUG